AUGAGUUCCAUCAGCAGCGUCACAUACAGUGCUAGUGAGACAGAUGAAGUCAACAGAUGGCUUGCGAUUUCCGAAAAACUUAAGGUCUCUAGCGAAAAUGAUAGAAAAAGUAUUUUAGAGAAUAUAAAUACUCAUCUGGCGUCUCGCACUACUUUUCUGGGAAGUAAACCCUCCAAGGCGGAUAUCACCUUUUAUCAUUCUCUUGCACCACUCGUAUCUUCCUGGUCACCGGAACAGAAAACCGGUGAGAACGGGAAUCCUAACAUCGUACGUCAUUUGGACUUUGUCCAAAACUCCCCAAUAUUUGAAUUGUUAAUUAGCGACACCGAAAAAGUCACCAUCGAUCCUGAGAAAAUUAUGUAUGUUAAACCAAUGGCUGACCCAAAAGCGGAGAAAGAGCGACUCAAGAAAGAAAAGGCUGCAGCUAUUGCUAAGACCGAAUCGGCAAGCGAGACAACUAUGAACACUGCAGUGGUAACGAAAAACCCCCCUGCAAAAAAUGUAAUUGAAAAUAUAGAGGCCACUACCACGGGUGAGACAGCACAGUCAGAUAAGAAGAAAAAUAAGAAAGAGAAAGCUCCUAAACUUCCAAAGCUACCAGCGGUAGCGGCAUCUCUCUCGCCCUGUCUUAUCGAUUUACGGGUAGGACACAUUCUAAAAGCAAUCAAGCAUCCAGAGGCCGAGACUCUUUAUGUAAGCACAAUUGCAAUGGGAGACAAACCUGGUACAGAUGACACAUCUGAGUAUGAGGGCCAGAUCGUACGAACAGUUUGCUCAGGCUUAAAUGGACUGGUACCUCUAGAGGAAAUGCAAGGUCGUAAAGUUAUAGUAGUUUGUAACCUUAAACCUGUCAAAAUGCGUGGGAUAAAAUCCUCAGCUAUGGUUCUAGCAGCAUCCCCUAGGCUCAAGGAAGGCGAGGAUGAUCACCAUGGUGGGCCCGUGGAAUUGGUCAGUCCACCUGUUGACGCUGUGGCGGGCGAGAGGGUAUUUUUUGAAGGUUGGAAAGGGGAACCUGAAGGAAUAUUGAAUCCCAAGAAAAAAAUAUGGGAAAAUAUUCAACCAGGUUUUACUACGACCGGCAAACUUGAAGUCGUAUUCGAUGCGGGAGCUGUCAAAGCACUACAAAAAGAAGGAGAGCCACUUCAAACAUCAGUUGGCAAGCUUGUUACGGAAAGUGGAGGAAUCUGCAAAGUCAGGUCUUUGGCCGAUGCUAUCGUCAGGUAG